CAACUGGACAAGCGCCGUUGGCAAGGAUGGCAAGAUCCCAAAGAAAUCGCAUCCUCCUCCCAAGUCCCAACUAGGAACCUCUCGUCCUGCUCCCCCUCUGAAUCCCUAAUCCCCCCUACGCGCUCGAUUGCCGCCGCCGCCGCCGCCGCCGCGUUCGCGUCCCCUCCGUCGCCCCAUCCUCCCGCAAUGCAACCUCCAUCCGGUCUCUCCCCGCCCCCACCAUCCUCUCCGCCCGCCGAUACGCUGGCCUCCGCCGCCAUCCAAACCCCAAGCCUCCCCGACACCCCGGCCUCCUUGGAUCCCGACACCCCCUUCUCCGACGCCGCACCCGUCGACGCCUCGGACGCCGACGCCCCAGCCCUCGCGCCAACACCCGACGGCGCCCUCGCCUCCGCCUCGGACGCCCCCGGCGACGGCGAGGACGACGGGAUCACCAACCCCUCUGGCGGCUCCAGGAAGCACAUGACCCUAGCGCCGCCGGCGCCGGCCAGCAAGAAGUCGAAGAAGAAGGGCGGCAACAGCGUCUGGACCCGGCCAACCUCCCGCAAGGGCAAAAAGAAGGCGAGGCAGCCGGGCGGCCACGGACCCGGUGGCGGCGCCAGCAGCGCCCACCCCGGGCCUAUUGCCGGUGGAGACGAGUUGUGCCAGCUCGUCCCCGCGACCCGCCUCGCCGCCGAGCGCAACGACGACGCUGCCACCCAGCCCGUGCUCCUCUCCCGCUUCUUCAAGUCCGAGAGGAUCGAGGUCUCCGACGACCGCCUCACUGCUGCCAGCACCAAGGGCUACCGCAUGGUGCGCGCCACCCGCGGCGUGGCGGCCGGGGCGUGGUACUUUGAGGUCAAGGUCGUGCAUCUCGGCGCCACUGGCCACACGCGCCUUGGAUGGGUGACCAACAGGGCGGACCUCCAGACGCCGGUUGGGUAUGACGCCUAUGGGUUUGGGUACCGCGACAUUGAUGGUGCCAAGGUGCAUAAGGCUUGGAGGGACAAGUAUGCUGAUGAAGGGUAUGGGGAAGGAGAUGUCCUCGGGUUCUACAUUUCCCUACCUGAUGGAGAGCGAUAUGAGCCUAAGCAACCCGACCUGAUUCAGUACAAGGGAAUGCCCUUUCAUGUGCAAAUCCCCAAGGAGGAGCAGAAGGUACCAGCUCCUGUUCCUGGGAGUGAGAUAUGCUACUUCAAGAAUGGGGUAUGCCAAGGCAGUGCCUUCAAGGACAUUCCUGGAGGGAGGUAUUACCCUGCAGCGUCAAUGUAUACGUUACCUAAUGAGCCAAACUGUGUAGUCAAAUUCAACUUUGGGCCAGACUUCGAGUUCUUCCCACAAGAUUUUGGUGACCUCCCAAUCCCUCAACCAAUGAGCGAAGUGCCUUAUCAGGCACUUGAGGUGAAGAAUGAGGGGCCUACCGAAAAUGGUAUUGCUGAAAAAACUAGCUAGUGUAGUUAACAUGCUAUUUUAGGCUUUUAGCUAUGUCGAGAUCCAUGGCUAGGUCAUGGUGAGGUUGGCUGCUGGAGCCAUGUCUGACUAGAUGAAGUUAUUGUGUACCAUAUGCAACCAGAGGGUGUAACAAUCUGUCAUGUGGCAUGCUGUAGUAGUGGGACGAAGAGUAGUGAUGUGUGGUGUACUGGUGUUCUGGUGGUACGGCAGGUGAAACUUUAUGCUGGGAGUUUCACUGCUAAUGAAGGAUUUGUGUGGCCAGAAAAAAAAUCUGCAUGUAAAUUUGCCUCAUUUAUGUUCAUUUUCAUCCCAGCUAUUUAAGCAAUCCAA